AUGGAAAACCUGAGCAUCGUUGACUUGAACAUAUAUGUCUUAGACUUUAUAUAUAAGGAAUUAGACGAAUUGAGAGAUCAACUGAAUCUGGCUGCAGUUCAUCCAAAUCUAAGCGAAGCAUUUGCAUAUCACAGUCGUGAUCGUUUCAAUUGUUUUUAUUGUGAAUGCUACGAAUAUAGAUAUAUUCAUUUCAUUCUACAACAUUGCGGCAGAAAUGUGUUAGCUCUACAUGCUUAUGAUCCAAAAAAGUCUCUUGAAAUGAUGCAAUUGGCACAACAGUAUUGUCCUUACUUGGAGAAUAUAACAGUUUUUAUUCCUCGCGACAAUUUAAAUCAAAUUGAAGGAAUCCUAAUCAAACUCAAAAGUCUUAAAGAAAUUGAAAUUAUACACCGGUAUUACUUUUCCAAUACACGUGUCAUGUAUGAAUUGAAAGAACGUUUGCAAUCAUUCCCACAUAUACGUACAAUUAAACUGAGCAAUACCUGUCGCCAUGGGCCGUUGAACCGAACUGAUAUUAAAAAUAGGGCUCGCAAGCGAAAAAUGGUCUUAGAAAUGGAAAACCUGAGCAUCGUUGACUUGAACAUAUAUGCCUUAGACCUUAUAUAUAAGGAAUUAGACGAAUUGAGAGAUCAACUGAAUCUGGCUGCAGUUCAUCCAAAUCUAAGCGAAGCAUUUGCAUAUCACAGUCGUGAUCGUUUCAAUUGUUUUUAUUGUGAAUGCUACGAAUAUAGAUAUAUUCCUUUCAUUCUACAACAUUGCGGCAGAAAUGUGUUAGCUCUACAUGCUUAUGAUCCAAAAAAGUCUCUUGAAAUAAUGCAAUUGGCACAACAGUAUUGUCCUUACUUGGAGAAUAUAACAGUUUUUAUUCCUCGCGACAAUUUAAAUCAAAUUGAAGGAAUCCUCAUCAAACUCAAAAGUCUUAAAGAAAUUGAAAUUAUACACCGGUAUUACUUUUCCAAUACACGUGUCAUACAUGAAUUGAAAGAACGUUUGCAAUCAUUCCCACAUAUACGUACAAUUAAACUGAGCAAUACCUGUCGCCAUGGGCCGUUGAACCGAACUGAUAUUAAAAAUAGGGAUCGCAAGCGAAAAAUGGUCUUAUUUCAAGAACAAAAUAUUUAAGAUGAAUGUAUUUGAUUUUAGAAGUUUGUCUUUUUUUCAGUUUAGCUUAAAAAAUAUAUCUGUUUGAUUGAUUCAAUAACUUUUGUAAAUUAGUAGUUAUUCGUAUGUAUGUAAUUAUAUCAUCUGUAUUUGUUUCAGUAGCUGUAUCAUUAUUUUGUGAUUAAGCACGAUAAUGUAUAAU